CGAAAAAACCGAGGCAUGGAUCAUACGCUUAAAAUCUUCAACUCGGAUGUCGUCAUCGUGAAGUCCCACACAUUCCUAUACAGUGGCAAUUUCGUCAAUUCGCUAAAAUUGCUUGCCCCAUCCUUCCCUUCCACUUGCACAAAAAAGCGAUCCACCUCCGCGUCAACAGCACGAGGAGGAGCCGGCGGCCGCCAUUUACAAGCUUCAUAUUCCACCGAUCUAAACCCCAGCUGCUCCUCAAACAUGGCAGCUCCCACUUCAGAUGGUCUCAUUGACAGUCGCAUCGCCAGAAUCACAUCCGCCAUUCGUGUCAUCCCGGACUUUCCGAAGCCAGGGAUUUUGUUCCAGGAUAUAACGACGUUGUUGCUUGAUCCGGUGGCGUUUAAGGACACUAUCGAUCUGUUUGUCGAGAGGUAUAAAGACAAGGACAUCUCGGUUGUUGCUGGUGUUGAAGCAAGAGGUUUCAUAUUUGGUCCUCCAAUUGCAUUGGCCAUUGGUGCAAAAUUUGUCCCAAUGAGAAAACCAAACAAAUUACCUGGUGCGGUUAUAUCGGAAGAGUAUUCAUUGGAAUAUGGUACAGACAAAAUUGAGAUGCAUGUUGGAGCUGUACAAGAAGGAGAACGAGCUCUUGUAAUUGAUGAUUUAAUUGCAACUGGAGGAACCUUGUGUGCUGCCAUCAGUCUACUUGAGCGGGUUGGAGUCAAAGUCGUUGAGUGCGCAUGCGUCAUUGAAUUGCCUGAAUUGAAGGGUCGGGAGAGAUUAGGAGACAAGCCACUGUAUGUGCUCGUGAGUUGAAUUUGAUCUUUGAUUAUUUACUAAAAGCUUUGAUUGACCAGAGUACUGGUGCUAUGAUCCUAAGACUCAUGGGGAAUUUAAUAUGAUUUUAUCAAUGAGAUUUGUUUCGGUUUAUGAAAACUUAAAUAAAAUGUUGAUUUAGGCUUUUGAUUGUUAAAACAGUUGGAGUUAUAAUUUAAUAUUCGGUA